AUGUAUCCACCUGUUGGUCUUUUGGUUAGUGAUUUUGAUGAAACGAUAACUCUAUGUGAUACUCUUUCUACCCUCAUCGCCAAGUGCCCUCGUAUGUCGGAUGAUUGUAAACAUGACUGCCCGCCUCCCUGGUCCUAUUUUGUGGAACUAUAUUUUAAAGAACUAAAAGAACACAUCAAACAUUGGGGCGAAUCACACCCCGAAAAAACACUUGAAGACUUUUAUAAGUUGCUAAAGUCCUUAGAGAAAGUUGAAGAAAGGUCUAUGAAACGCGUUGAGGACUUCAAGUGCUUAAUUGGCGUGCAUCCGGAAGAACUUUGGGAACAAGGGAAGAUAAUCAAGAAACGACCAGGCGCAGUUGACGUUAUAAAACGUUAUUUAGAGAACAACCCAUGUUCGUUUUUUGUUCUUUCAACCAAUUGGUCACGGGACAUGUUGCUCGGUUGUCUUCAAGAGAUCGAUGGAAUUAAUAAGAAGAUAAUUAUUUCGAAUGAUUUGAAAUUUGAAGAAGACAGCUCAACUGGUGGACUCACACGUAAAGUACUCACUGCCAUAGAUAAAUUAGAAAUAUUUAAACAGUUUACAGUGCCGCAAGAGACAAUUUCGGUCUAUGUCGGCGAUUCCGAAACAGAUUUGCCGUUGGAUGCUGAUAUCGGAAUUAUUAUGGGAAAUAAUGUUUCGCUUACUCGAUCUUGUAAUAAAUAUGGAAUUGAGAUUAUUGAAGGAUUGAAAUCAGUUUCUCCAAAGAAUUCAAUUUCGAAUAGAAAACUUUUUAGAGUAAAAGAUUGGAUUGAAAUUGGGGAGAGCGGAUUAUUUGAUUAG